AUGCCCACCAAUGACAAUUCGGGACAUCAUCUUUUCAAACUUGCAAACGGUCACUUAUUCGGACGCAAGGGUUACCACAAGUCAGCAGAAACUGCGAUUACAUAUUACCGCAAGGCAGCCUCACUCGGCUGUGCUCCUGCAGAGAGUGUUCUGGGUUUUUGUUACGAAUUCGGCUUCGGAGUCACAAAAAACUUUGUUUUAGCAGAAAAACACUAUUUAGAGGCAGCAAAAUCUCAAGACGGACUCGCUAUGGCUCGACUAGCUUUCUUACGCAAAUACGGACGCCCAAACGUAAAAAUCGACCGUGUAGAGGCCGAAGAAUGGUCAGAACGUGUGCGACACUGCCCCAAUGCAGUCAAAUGGAUCGUAGAGGCAGCAACAGUAGAUGGUGAUGCAGCAGCACAGUAUGCACUUGGAGUGUGUUACCACGACGGAGUAGGUAUGCCCAAGGACGACCACGCAGCCUUCCGGUGGUACAAAGCCAGUGCAGAACAAGGCAAUGCUCGUGGACAGGGUAUUCUAGGCUACUGCUAUGGCGAAGGCUUUGGAGUCCCCAAAGACGAGGUCGAGGCCAUGAAGUGGUACCGCCUAGCAGCUGCCCAGGGAGAAACGGUGGCGAUAUACAACGUCGGCUAUUGUUAUGAAGAUGGCAUCGGAAUCGAGAAAAACGUCGAAGAGGCCGUUAGAUGGUACAGACUCUCGGCCGAAGAAGGAAACGCAUUCGCCCAGAACUCACUUGGGUACUGCUUUGAAGAUGGCAUUGGCGUCGAAAAAGACUUUGAGCAGGCUGUGUUCUGGUAUAAGGCCAGUGCAGAGCAGGGAUAUCCUUGGGCAGAAUGCAACCUCGGUUACUGCUACCAGAAUGGGAUUGGUGUUCCCAAAGAUGACACCCUGGGCGCCCAUUGGUACCGGAAAGCUGCCCUCCAAAGUCACGCCAGAGCACAGCAUAACCUCGGUUUCUGUUACCAGAAUGGCAUCGGUGUCCCAAAGAACGAACCCGAGGCAGUCAAAUGGUACCGUCGAUCGGCCGAGCGAAAGAACAUCUUUGCCUACCACUCGCUGGGCUACUGCUUCCAGAACGGAAUUGGUGUUGCGAUCAACGAGCAAGAGGCGGUCUACUGGUACUACAUGAGUGCAGAGGGUAACCAUGCACCGGCACAGCUGUCACUUGGUUACUGCUAUCGCAAUGGAAUCGGGGUGCCCAAAAACGAACGAGAGGCCGUCAAAUGGUUCCGCCGAUCGGCUGAGCAAGGCAAUGCACUCGCACAGAACUCACUUGGUUUCUGUUUCGAAGAAGGACUCGGGGUGAAAAAAGACAGUCCACGAGCCGUUUACUGGUACCACAAAUCCGCCCGACAGAACAAUCCGUGGGCCCAGUGCAAUCUUGGGUUUUGUUAUGCAAAUGGGAUUGGUAUCAACCGCGACAACACCAAGGCCGUUUAUUGGUAUAGACAGGCAGCCCUACAGAACCAUGCUCGAGCACAAGAUAAAUUGGGUCUCCAUCUCCAGGCAGGUUUAGGUGUUGACCGCAACUUGGAUGAAGCGUUUGAUAUGUUUAAACGGGCAGCCGAACAAGAUCAUGUAGCAGCCCAAUUCCAUCUUGCCAAUUGCUAUGAAAAAGGUCUCGGGUGUACUAUCGACCUUCGUGAGGCUACUUUGUGGUUCGAACGUGCAGCGAUGGCUGGUUGUCGCAGUUCACACGAAAGACUUCGUCGUCUUUUAGUACGUGUCUGUCUGUUUUCACCUGGAUCCACAGUAUUAUCAUCUAAUGCAACAGACGAUGACCUUAUAUGCUCAGGAUUCAUUAGUGGCCACAGUGCGCCGGCCGCCUAAAAAAAACACCAAAAAAAAACAAAAUGGAACAAAAUAUAUAUUUUUUAUAUAUAUUUUAUAUAUAUAUAAAAAGUUUUAGUUUUACUUUUACUUCUUCUACUUCUUCUACUUCUUCUAACUCUGUCCAUGUACCUUUCAACCACACUUCCCCUUCUAGCAUUAUCUUCUUCUUUUUUAUCUCUCAAAUUAUUCAAAAUAAAAUAAAUCAAUUGAAAAAUACAAUACAAUACAACACAAUGCAAUGCAAUAAAAAUAAAUAAAUAAAUAGGAAAUAU